UGAAAAUGACUGCCACCCUUGGAAAGUUCACACGGACCUAUAUAUUCGUAGAGUGAUUAGCGUUGAAUCAUAUCGCUAGCUACCACCACAAUCGUCUUCUUGUUUUCAAAUUUUGAUCAAACUCUUUUCUUCAAUCUUUGCAAGAAGGGACUAUGGCUGACAUUGUCCUGAGUUUGGUUGAUGCUGCACUGUCCAGGGUGGUUCCACUCAUUACUGAUGAAAUCAUCCUUGCUUGGAAUCUCAAGGAUAACUUGAAAGGCCUCCAAGAAUCUCUCACAAUGAUUCGUGCUGUGCUUCAAGAUGCAGAGGAGCAACCAACGAAGAGGGAGCCUGUGAAGCUUUGGCUGAAGAAGCUCCGAGAGGUAGCUUAUGAGGCUGAAGAUGUUUUCGAUGAAUUAGCCUAUGAGAAUCUUCGACGGAAGGUUGAAACGCAAGAGCAAUCGGGAAGGGAGGUAAACAACUUCUUUUCAUUCUCCAAAGGCACUCGUUAUGUUGAAAAAGCUACAUUGCAUGUCAAAAUGGCCCGCAAAGUUAGGAAUAUAAUUGAGUUGUUGAAUAAGAUCAAGAAUGAAGCCAUGGGUUAUGGACUUCAAGUUGUAACUAAAGAUAGAACAAUGCCUCAAAUCGACUUGGAUCGGGUCACGGACUGGGUCCUCGACCGCCCAGUUGUGGGUAGGGAAGCUGAUGUCUCUAAAAUUGUGAACUUGUUGAAUUGUUCCAAUGACCAACAAGUUCCUACCAUCGUGUCCAUAGUGGGGAUGGGCGGUCUGGGAAAGACAACCUUAGCUAAAUUGGUGUGUCAAGAAGUAAUGGAAAAAAAGUUUUUUGAUUUUAAAAUAUGGGUUUGUGUCUCUUAUAACUUUCAUGACGAAAGGAUUUUAGGGGAGAUGUUGCAAACUCUCAAUGCAAACACGGGUGGGUUGAAAAACAAAGGUGCAAUACUUCGGGGGCUCAAAGAGGCAUUAGAGGGAAAAAAAUUUCUACUUGUUCUUGAUGACGUGUGGAAUGAGGUAUCAGAGAGAUGGGUUGCUUUAAAGAAUCGUUUAAAAGAAGUUAGUGGAAAGAAUACUGGAAGUGCUAUUGUUGUCACAACUCGUAGCGGGCAAGUGGCAUCCAUAAUGGAGACAUCUAUGGAGACAUAUACUCAUUACAGGCAUACAUUGAAUUUGUUGUCUGAUGAUGAAUGUUGGUCCAUUAUGAAGGAAAGGGCAUUUGGAAAUGGAGAAGCAUCAAUACCUUUAGAUUUGGAGUGCAUUGGAAAGGAGAUUGCAAAAAAAUGUAGAGGAUUGCCAUUAGCCGCAAAAGUUUUAGGUGGAACGAUGGGUUUCAAAAGGGAUAAGGAAGCAUGGUUGUCAAUUAUGAAUAGUAAUGAUUUGAAUUCAUCAGAUAACGAGGAUAAUGUUGAGUCUGUACUAAAGCUAAGUUUUGAUCAUUUGCCUCCAUUUUUGAAGCCAUGUUUUGCAUAUUGUUCAAUUUUCCCCAAAGAUUUUGAUAUUGCAAAGGAAGAAUUAGUUCAGCUUUGGAUGGCUGAAGGUUUUCUUGGGUCGUCUAGUCAAGAUGAGGGCAACAAGUAUUUUAAUGCCUUGCUGCAGAAUUCCUUUUUCCAAGAUGUGGAAAGGGAUGCAUGUGAGAAUAUUAGAUGGUGCAAGAUGCAUGAUCUUGUGCAUGAUCUUGCAUUGUCUUUGACCAAGUCUGAAACGUUGACGUUGGAGAAUUGCACAACUGGUGAUGAUAUAUCUUCCACUCGUCGUUUAUAUGUAGAUUGUCAAAAUGCAACAACUUUGAUAGCAUUUUUAAAAAGGGAUGCUAAGAAGUUGCGUAGUUUAUUCAUAAAGGGAAUUGCCUUUGAUGGACCUUGGAAGUUGAAAAGGUUGCGGACUCUAAACUUGGAAGAUGCUGAUAUUGAAGAGUUGCCAUCUUCAAUUGGCAAGUUGAAACAUUUAAGAUAUCUUAAUGUCUCAGGUACUAAAAUUGAAGUGUUGCCUGAAUCCAUCACUAAGCUCUACAAUUUGCAAACAUUGAAAUUCAGUUGGUGCAAUUCACUUAAAGAGGUUCCUAGAAAUAAAAUGUGCAAUCUGAUCAGCUUGAGGCAUAUUGAAUUUUCUGAAGAUGACCAUAUGCCAUCUAUGGCGGGGCGUUUAACUUGUCUUGAAACACUCUCAUUAUUUGUUGUGGGUCCAGAUAAGGGAGGUAGCAUUGAAGAACUAAAAUGCUUAAACCAACUAAGCGGGGAGUUGACACUAAAUCAUCUUGAGGAGGUGAGAGACAAAGAAGAAGCUAAGAAAUCAAAUCUGCAGAGGAAAACAAAAAUAAGGACCCUGCAAUUUGAAUGGAGUGAUGGACGAGAAGUAGGGUGCAAUGAUGUGGAAGUGUUGGAAGGCCUUGAGCCUCACCCAAAUAUAGAGGGAAUAACGAUAGAGAAUUAUUUGGGUGAAAAAUUGCCGCCAUGGCUGUUGAUGAUGAAAAUUCCAAGUGACGGAGAUUCUUCCAGAGUAUUCGAUAAUUUGGUGGAGCUUACGUUGCGGAACUGUAAGUGGUGUGAACAACUCCCAAUGCUUGGACAUCUUCCUCGUCUUAAAGUACUUUGGAUAUCUGGAAUGGAUAAGAUCAGAAGUAUAGGAAAUGAAUUUUAUGGCAUUGGCGAUGGAAGCACGAGCAAUGGAGUGAGGCCCUUUCCAAGUGGACUGAAAUCCUUCACUUCUCUAGAAAAAUUGGAAAUAUCUGAAUGCGAAGCGCUGACAUCAGUUCCCGAAUAUUUUAGCGAAUUGCAUUCUCUUAGGCGUUUACGAAUAACAAAGUGCCAAAGUUUGAGUUAUUUUCCAAAGAAUAUAUUAGGCGGCCUCACUCGAUUAACGUUUUUACAAAUCGGUGGUUUCUCGGAGGAGUUGGAUUCUUUCCCUUAUCUGAAUUCAAUCCAAGACCUCCCAUCCCUUGAAACCUUAUGGAUAUAUGGGGAUGAUAGAGGUAGAAUCAAGUCUCUGCCAGAUCAACUUCAAAGCCUCACUACCCUGAAGGCAUUAUAUAUAUGGUGUUUCGAUGAAAUGGAAGCUUUGCCAGAGUGGUUGGGCAACCUAUCAUCACUAAAAUACCUUCGCUUUUGGAACUGUGACAAUUUGAAGUAUCUACCUACAGCUACAGCCAUGCGACGACUCUCCAAAUUAACGGAAAUUAGAAGUUUUAGCUGUCCCUUUCUUAGGGCAAAUUGCGCCAAGGGGAGUGGCUCUGAGUGGUCCAAGAUUUCUCAUAUCCCGUGCAUACGUAUAUAAGAGACUGGGCUGACGAGAGUUUAGUAAUUGGAGGAAAAGUUGGAUUCAUUGUUGCUACCCUUAACCUCUGCUGAAAACAUCACAUUAAGGGAAACAGAACUCUACCCUUAAGCUCUUGAGCUUGUAAAAAGGGCGUUCUCUUCGUUCUUUAAAAAUAGCAGUGCGUCAAAAUUUGAGUUAUUUUCCAGAGAAGAUAUUCGGUAGGCUCACCUGAUUGAGGAAUUAAGAAUUGGUGAUUUCUCAGAGAAAUUGGAUUCUUUACCUUUUUUUCUCCUCUUUGGGAGUGGACACUGAACAAGCUUUAUUUGUGAAUUCUCAGCUUGAAGCUUGUUUAUUUUGAACCGAAAGAAGAGAUGAAUUUUGUCAUUAUUCAGUCUAUGGUUUCCAUCACCUUAAGAUUACUCAGAUCCCAAAUAUCACAGAAGAAAAUGAGGAGAUGCAUUUAUAAUUAAUUAUUUUGGGAGGAAUAUGCAAAAUAUCAGUUCACGUGAGAAAUAUUAUGAUUUAUUUGUCUAUACCUUUUGGUUUCAGUUUUUUUCCUUUUGACUCUCCAGCACUUGUUAAUGAUUUCAUGGGAUGCCUUUCUUUCAGUUAAUUCCAUGGAAAUGGAAACUUUUGGAUUAUAAAUCAAUAAUCCAUCUCCUGCACUCAGUGCAUUUUUCAUUGGUAUGUCUGACUUCCCUUAUUGAACCCAUAUGCUAUGGUUUUUCCAUUAUUUUAUGAUAUAUUUCCUUUAUGUAAUGAUUUGUACAAACUUCCACUUUCGAAACCUUUCACAUGAACAGGGGGCAUGGCUGUGAUAUGAGAAAAUGCAUGUAGCUUUCCUUGGCAUGUUUCCUUUAAAGUGUAGGAGAUUUUCCAGAUUCAAGAUUCUCUACAUUGUAUUGGAUGGCAAAGGGAAGAAGAUCACGCUAAAUUAUGUGCACAUGCUGACUUGCGUGCAGAAGUUGCAGAGCUAUUUGCAAAUCUUGAGGCUUGUAAAUUUUGUGUUGAAGAUUCCCAUAUAUUUUCAAGGGAAACACCUCAUUCUGGAAGGGUUCGAUCGUUUGCGAGUUUCUUCGUGGAAUUCAUGCACACGAAGAUAUUGCAGACUUGUAUAAUUUGAUACUAUCCAAAUUCUUUACACUCAAUUAAACCAUCUCAAUUAUAAAUCACUUCAUGUUUAUUGUUGCAGCAUUAACUUUGCUAGCUGUUUUGUUGAUUUUCUUCACAAGGAAGCUUUGGAACUUCAAGGAAAGAUAAAUUGGUAGAUGGUCCUCCACUUUAUACUUCAUGAGAGAUUGCAAGAUGCAAGAUCAUCUCAGAUGUACAGCUGCAUUGUUUUCUCUGCCAUUUUCUGCUUUCAUUUGAGCCAAUUGGGAGAAGACAAAAAAUUGUUCAGCUGACUAGAAAGCAUGUCUUUGGACUUUGGAGCCAUCAAUUUUGUCUCAAAUGAAAGACCCAAAAAGCUUUAGAGAUUGUUACUGUGGCCUUUUAGCUCCUUACGGGAUUAUGCCUGCUAAAUUUUGAGUUCAAGCUGUAAAGACUGAAGAGAGCAGAGAAAGUUUACAUCACCAACUCAAACUUUGAGCUUCGUGUUGUUGCUUGUGCAAUUUGAGCUUUGAGGUCCCAAUUUGAUAAAAUACUUCUAUUAAAGAUUUGACCAAAUGAACAAUUGAAAUUGCUUUGCAAUUAGAACCAUUAGAAGAUGCAACAGGACUUAUCCAUUGUAGCACUCCUUGUUGCAGUUGUUCUAUAUCUUCUUAGAUAAGAGAAGGAUGUGAAAUAAUUCAAUUUUUUUCACUAGUUCAGGAUAAUCCUGAUUAUGAAAUUCUAGCAUGUACGUCUACAACCUACAUGCCGAAAUGAGUUGUGAAACAUAUAUUACAACCGAUUUCUUUUC